AUGCUUGUCUAACAGCAAUAAAGAUAGAUGCCUGCCACACCCAUCCCAGGCAACGCGCGUAAAGUUAUAGAGAAUUUCAGUUACGCCCUAUCAGAUGCCAUCGGAAAGGGCUUUAGUUCCAUAGUCUACAAAGGCAGAAAUGAUGAAACCCAUGAGGUUGUCGCCAUCAAGGUGAUUGAUAAAAAAGGACUCAAGACUCCUUUGCACUAUCAACUCCUGAGAUCCGAAGUCGAAGCCUUAUCCCAACUCAAUUCUCCAAAUAUCAUGAGAUUAUAUAAGGUGUACUACACUGAAAACAAUACAUAUCUAAUCACCGAGUUUUGUGACUCCGGAGACUUGGGAUAACUGGUAACCAAAACAGGAGUCUAAAAAGAGCAGAACAUGCAAAAACUAUUCUACGGCAUCAUCCAAGGUUACAAGUAGAUGAAACAACGGGGCAUUGUUCAUAGAGAUCUCAAACCCGCCAACAUCCUACUCAAGGGGUCUGUUCCUAAAAUAGCAGACUUUGGAUUCGCUACCACUCCUCAAACUGCGGCCACAAUGCCCAAUGUCAAUGUUGGAUCCCCCCUGUAUAUGAGUCCCCAAGCAUUCAAAAACAGAUAUUCUGAAAAAUCGGACAUCUGGGCCUUGGGUGUAAGUCUUUACGAAUUAUUAUUUGGGUAAGUGCCCUGGUAAGCAGGGAGUGAGAGAGAAUUAGCUUAAAGGAUGGCCACUGUUCCAGUGCAAUUCCCAGGUCACAUAUCAGAUGAAUGCAAGGAUUUUAUUUACAGAUGUUUGAUAGUAGAUGAAAGCAGAAGAGCCACUGUGGAGGAAUUGGAAAACCAUAUUUGGUUGUCUAAACAAGAACUCUAGCCUAUUAAAGGCAAUGGGUUCUCUAGUAUGUUUAGGAGUAAUCAACAACACAAUCAUCCUCAUCUCCUUUAGAAUAAUAAUGCUGCAACUCCCUUGGGAGAUACUCAGAACAAACAAUCCAUAUCACUUCAACCUAGAGAAUCAAAUUAUGGCAAAGAGAAUGCUGUCAUUGUUAAACAAUCACAAUAAUCAAUAAUGUAGUAACCACUGAAAUCAAUCAAAAGAGUCUAAGAGUCAAGGAAGGAAUCCUAAAUAAGCCAAUAGAUGCAGCAAGAGUAUUCAAGUUAGAGGGAGGAAGACUGUUGGAGCGAAUCUAAGAAGAAUGAUUACAUUAUUCUGGCUUAGUUAAAUUUCUGUAGAUACUUGUAUAGGGUUUCUGCUCUAAUGGAUAAGCAUCGUUUCGUUUAAACUCCUUAUUUAAGGGAGAAGCUUAUGUUCUUAGUGAACAAGAACAUCAUGAUUAAGAUGAAUUGUUUAAAUGAAUUGAUGGUCGGACAAAAUACACUUGGAUUGGAAAAGUUCUAAUAAUAUAUGCAGAAUCCUUAAUAUACCAAGUUAUGUGCAGCUAUCCAUCAAUAUAAUCAGAAAUACACUCUAUAAUUCAAUACUGUUUGGUUGUCAUUGUAAAAUCCAGAUCAAAAAUAAUUAUUGGUGGUUGAUAAGAAAUUUGAUGCUGUUUUUGACGACAACUUCACUGAAUAUGAAUCAUUCUAUAUCAUUUUAAACUCUAUCUUAAGAUGUGCUAUUAAGGAAAUCGAAUAUUCGAUAGAAUCCAAAAUAGUGAUUCAGGACACUUAACUAUUGUUGCCCAUGGAUAUUGAAGGUGGUGUAAUUCUACUUGACUAUUUGAUCACUUACUUUUAGUUGGCUUCUCUCAUUUAAGAAUGUUUCGAGGAUCCUUAUGAAUUUGCUGUGGAUUCAAAAAUUGAAUAAAUUGCUGAUGGCAAACCUGUCCGAUUAACCUAUGGCCAUUAUAUUGAAAUAAGAAAUAAAAUAAAAUAACUUGAUAUCUGA